GUCUUGAAGACACUGUAAUCCGCCGGACCGAACAGGAGCAUCCAGCUCGAACGCGAUGAGUAAGCUGCAGAGCGAUGUCCUCAGGGAGGCCAUCACCCAGGUGGUGACCGAGGCUAAGGAGAAGAACCGCAAGUUCACAGAAACUGUGGAAUUGCAGAUCGGUCUCAAGAACUACGACCCGCAAAAAGACAAGCGUUUCAGCGGGUCUGUUAAGUUGCCCCAUGUUCCCAGACCGAAGAUGAAGGUGUGCAUGCUCGGAGACGCCCAGCACGUCGAGGAAGCAGAGAAGAUGGGUCUCGACUACAUGGACAUCGAAUCUUUGAAGAAGAUGAACAAGAACAAGAAGCUCGUGAAGAAGCUGGCGAAGAAGUACCACGCCUUUCUCGCUUCAGAGGCUGUCAUUAAGCAAAUCCCCCGUCUCUUGGGUCCUGGUUUGAAUAAGGCUGGAAAGUUUCCUGCCCUUGUGUCCCACCAGGAGUCUCUGGAAGCUAAGGUGAAUGAGACCAAGGCCAUGGUUAAGUUCCAAUUGAAGAAGGUGCUCUGUAUGGGAGUUGCUGUCGGUAAUUGCGAAAUGGAGGAGAAGCAGAUCUUCCAGAACACUCAAUUGAGUGUUAACUUCCUUGUCUCUUUGCUGAAGAAGAACUGGCAAAACGUAAGAGUCCUGUACCUCAAGACAUCCAUGGGAAAGCCAGUCCGAAUCUACUAGUGCUGCAUCGUAAUAAUGUGCCUAAAUUAUGUAACAGGGUGAUCGCCCUUGGGUUUUUACCCUAAAUGUUCACAUUUAUGAAACCUCGAAGGCCAUUUAACGGUAACAGUGGGAAUGAAGUAAUUGAGCUCAGUUUUU